GCUCUGGGAGUGGGAUGGCGAUGUAUCUACCUUGUUAUACUGAGCUGUUAAAACGUAAUAUUAGUGCUGAAAAUUGAAAAAUUUUGGCGAUAUAUUUCGAGAACUGGUUUUUAUUAUAGUCCCAGUGUUAUAUUGCGAGAUGAAAAUGUGCGUAGUGCGGUUUCGGAGGCUGCCAAGCCGAGUUUUAUAGACAUCGCCUGAUCGUCCAUUUGACUGUGCCGUUCGUUUUUCCAGGGACCGCCGGGCGAGUUUUGUAGUUUUGCAAAUUUAUUAUUAUGUGCUUAUGUAGUGGCUUAGGUAGUGAAUCAAUGUUCCGCCAGUUUCGGCAUAUCGCGUAGUUUGUAAUGAUGUAUCCGGACGUCGCUCGCGUAUCGACCGACAAAGACCAAUCUUGUGGACUGUCCAUAUUGCACCUAGGAGCGUGUGGUUUCUGACCAGCUUGAUAAGAUAAUCGGUGGAUCACGGCCGGGCCCGACGAGGGCGGGAGGACAUUAGCGCUUUUGUUAUGAAUAAUUUACAAAGCAUUGACAAUAACACCCCAAUUCAGCGUAACGCGCAAAAUGCCAAUCCGAAAUCAGACCGCCGCGAGCGGCAAAAUGAUAGCCAUCUGAAAUCUCACGAUCACUAAUGGCGCUUGGAAGACUUUUCAUCAUUCUCGUCAUAGUCGCGAUCGUGAUUGGCGAUCAACAUGAAGUCAAAACAGAAAAUAAAACGAAAAAGACCAUGGCGGCGGAAAAGGAGACCAGAUCGGCUAAUCCCAAAGACCGAGGCUCCUUAAAGCAAAUAUCGAGUUUACUGAAAAACAAUACGAAGCCGGGAAGAAAGAAAAAUAUAUUGAGACAAUUGAAUAUUAAUGAUGAUAUGAUGAAUGAUAAUGAAGGAGUUCUUACAGUUCACGAAAAGCCAUCGAAUGAUUCGUUAGCGCGUAAAAUUGACGCUCUUAGGCCUUCGGGUCCGAACUAUACUCCGGCAUCGGUGAAUACUUACACCCCACAAGUGGUAGGAGUGUAUUGUAACUUUGAGAAUGCAUCGAAUGUGACGGAUAUGUGUAUGUGGCAGUGGAACUCUUCUGUGUCGAGACAUGGGCUGGGGUUCUCAGUGGCGACGGCUGGGGAUUUGGUGUUGCUGAACAAGACGACGAGGGGGCUCAAGUUUUCGGGGCCUCCGACGGAUGCAGAUGGAAAUGUUGAUGGUCACUUCCUGUACCUUCCGGUGGACCCCACCAUGGAAAACAUGGUCAUACGCUCGCCACUCUUCCGAGGACUGUGGGAAACCUGCCAGUUCGAAGCCUGGCUCCACCAGAGCAGGAUGCAAAACGCCAGUAUACGUUUAGUGUCUGAGUCAGAGUCGGGGAUUCAGUGGAUUUUGACCGAAGUCACCGGGAAUAACUAUGAAGAAUGGAGAUAUUUCAAAGUGAAAAUCGCCAAAAUCCAACAAGAGGUCAACAUUAUGGUGGAAAUUACUCGGCCGUCGUUCGUCAGUCUGAACAGCCCACUGCCCCACAUCGCUAUAGACAACAUAAGGAUGGUGGACUGCGUACCUGAACCACCUAUUUAUAAUGGGCAGUGCAAGGCACCGCAGCAUAAGUGCGAAAUCAUGGGCAAGGAGUCGUGCAUCAAGCUGCAGCAAGUGUGUGAUCUGGUGAAGGAUUGUGACAGCGGCAGCGAUGAGAACCAAAACUGCGACAAGAUGCCCUUCGGAUCGUACUGCGACUUUGAGCUGGACUUUUGCGGUUUUGAGAAUAUACCUCAACCAAUCCUAAAAUGGGUUCGCCACAGCGGCCCGACGCCAACCGACAAGACAGGCCCGAACCACGACCACACCUGUGGACCACCGGAAACCCACUCCCCUAGCAUAGUAAUCCCUCCCCUCUUCCCGGCCCACAUGAACUACACAUUAACCCAUUGCGUGGGAUAUUACUUGUUCGUGAACAUGAACGUGACUGGGCCUAAUCAGGAGAAGGCGGACUUCGCUUCGACGGCGGUUAUGAAGACGGUGGUGUUUAAUCCGCCUCCGAGGUUGCAUGGGCGACCGUCGUCGAGAUAUUACAAUUGUUGUAUGAUUCGUUUCUACUAUCAACAAAAUGGUCGAAACACCGGCUCUCUAAGCGUAAACGUCGUAGAACUGUCUACACGCGGCAACAUCUCGCAUCAAGUCUGGUUCUCGCACAGAGACAAAGGCGAGAACUGGUUACGAGCCAUUAUAUUCCUGCCUAAUAUUACUAGACGAUACUACCUUGAAUUCAAAACUCGGAGGGGAAUGAGAAUUUACUCGGACGCUGCCAUCGACGAUUUUUCUAUGGCGCCCGAGUGUUUCGGGCUUAAUAUAGAUCCCGACGAGUUAGGAGACUAUAAUUAUUACGAUCCCGUGUUCGAAGAGAAGACUACGCCGCAUCAUGCCUUUGCUGAUAAAACCUUUUACCGAUUUACAACAUGCGGUGCCACUGGUCGCUUCGGGCCCAACCAGACGAUGUGCGACGCGGCUUAUAACCAAACAGGCGUGUCGGUCACUGUGAACAACGGCGUACAAGUGUGGCAGGUGCCUCAUGAAGGAUUGUACACGAUAAUAGCAUUAGGUGCAAGUGGGGGUCUCGGUGGAAGUUGGGUAGGCGUAGCCCAUGGAGCAUCAGCAAGAGCUCUCUUCGAAUUACACAAAGGAGAGAAGAUUCAUAUGUUAAUGGGACAGCAAGGACUCAAUGCUUGUAAGAAGGGUCUAUCGGCUCAAGAAACGCAAGAAUGCAACAAGCGAGCCAACGACUCAGCGAUCAUCUUCACAAGCAAGACGCACGAGGUCCGGAACACGCAUGUCCAAGAUGGCGGCGGCGGCGGCGGUGGCGCCACCUAUGUCUUCCUUAUUGACAAAGAAGGCCAAGAGUUCCCCCUCCUAGUAGCAGGCGGGGGCGGCGGCAUUUCUCUAGGCACCUUCCACGACGACGGUUCGCAGCACGCUCGGCCUGCCACCAACGCUACCCCCGAGUCAGGUUACAUGUACGGUCAGCCUGGACAAACUCCUGGUGCUGGCGGGGGAUGGGUAGCAGGCGUAAAGCCCAUCACUCCAGGCUUCGAGUUAAUUCGAGGAGGCGCGCUAAAAGAUGGCGCUAUCGGCGGCCUUGCAUGUGUCGGGCAAGCUCAUGGAGGAUUCGGAGGGGGUGGGGGAGGUUGCAGGAGAGGUGGUGGAGGAGGAGGAUGGAUUGGUGGCAAUACAAACGAGGGCCAUGGGCAUCACAGCGAAGGAGGAUGGUCAUAUGUGGACACUGCACGAGCGAUUAGAGACUACAGCGAAGUUACUGUUGGGCAGAGAAGCAGUCCUGGAGAAGUUUUGAUCAUUCCAGCUAUACACGACUGUGGCUGCGCAUAUCGCUGUGUGGCGCUGAAUGAGCACCGAAGUGAGGUUCGCUGCUACUGCCCCUCCACAUGGACCACUGAUGCCAAUGAUCCUACCAAGUGUAUACUGGAAGAAUCAUGGACGAACAUGUCCAACAUGUUGGUGUGGGUGCUCGGAGUAUUCUGUUUUAUCUUCGCGCUGAUAUUCGUCAUUGGGUGUCUGUAUAUGUAUAACAUUUACCAGCGUCGGAAAGAGUCCGAACUCCGUCAAAAGCACCUUCUCGAACAAGAAGUCCAAUUGCACCGACUGAGGAACGCACCUGGCGGCACUGAGAAUCCUCUGAGCAUGGCCUUCAAUCCCCACUACGGGAGCGAGAACAUUCUUCCUCAAGGCAUUGAUGUUAGGGGACUACCGCAAGUUUCAAGGGAAGCCUUGAAAUUGGUCAAGGCCCUCGGACAAGGCGCCUUCGGUGAGGUCUACCAGGGCCUCUAUCGCCACGGGGCCAACAACCAAGAGCUCCCUGUAGCAGUAAAAACCCUCCCAGAAUUAUCCACGGGACAGGCGGAAAGCGACUUUCUCAUGGAGGCGGCCAUUAUGGCCAAGUUCAGACACGCUAAUAUUGUGCAUCUCAUUGGAGUGUGCUUUGAUAGUCAUCCCAGAUUCAUAGUCCUCGAGCUCCUAGCAGGAGGAGACCUGAAGAAUUUCCUCCGAGAGUCUCGGCCGAGGCCGGAGCGGGCGAGCGUGCUCACUAUGAAGGACUUGCUGCUAUGUUCAAUAGAUGUGUGCAAGGGCUGCAAGUAUUUGGAGUCCAAUCGAUUUAUACACAGGGACAUCGCAGCACGCAACUGCCUGCUGUCCUCCCGCGGGCCGGGCCGCGUCGUCAAGAUCGCGGACUUCGGCAUGGCGCGAGACAUAUACCGCGCUGACUACUAUAAGAAGGGUGGGAAGGCCAUGCUGCCUAUAAAAUGGAUGCCACCGGAGGCGUACAUAGAUGGUGUAUUCACUAUCAAGACUGAUGUCUGGUCCUUCGGCGUGCUCCUCUGGGAGGUGUUUUCUUUGGGUGUAAUGCCGUACACGGGAUGCGCCAACAGAGAGGUCAUGGAGAUGGUCUCCAGCGGCGGUCGGCUCGAAAAACCCUACGGUUGUCCUCAAGAAAUCUACCGACUGAUGUGCGACUGUUGGAACCCCACGCCCACGGAGCGACCGUCGUUCGCCAACAUGCUCAUUCAGCUCGAGUGCUUCUUAAAGGACCCAGAAAUCGUGAGCGCGCCUCUCCCCGUGGUGCGAUCCCUCUUACCUCCGACGGAGGUUCAGCUCAACAAUGGCCCGCAGCGCGCGCCGCCCUCGUGCGACUACCUCGAGCCCACGCCGCGCGCCGACCCGCCGCCGACCUCUAGCUCAACGGAUCAGCUGCUGCCUCAUAGCAAAUCGCCAACGGCGACGCCGGACCUUCCAGGAAUCGAGGAUUCACAAUAUCCACCUCUACUGAAAGCAUCACAAGGAUAUGGCAACAUUCCAAUGGCGUCGCGGCGCGACAGCGGCGGCGCAAGGCGCGAGGCUGCUACUCCCGCCGCAGAGACCAACACCAGCACAAAGUUUCUGCCGUCUAACUCCACUGACAGAUUAUUAAGUUCAGUGGACGGCGGUUCAGUAGACUCAGACUCGGCGUCAGAAGACGGGCCGGCAGUGUGGGAAACCUCAUUCUCUGAGCGGCCCGAACGGCCUGCAGAUCCCGGACCUGCGGUCGACAAGCUAAUCAGCAUAACACCAACGUCACCAAAGCCCCCGGAGAACGCUCUCUCCAAAGCGAUAGACGCCAACGUCAACGUCAUGGACAAAACCAACCACAACAAAAACAGUCUCAUGCCAGAGCGAAAGACUGCUCCCAUAGCUUCCCCCGACCCACCCCGGAUCACUGCUUGGGCUAAAGAACCUCCUAAACUUAAACCCAAACCCCUCUGCUUAGACGCAGCCCAACUAGAACAGAAUCUAAACGCACUAAAAAAGAAUUCAGGCUCUGUAAACUUAACGACAAUGAACAUUCUUCCACCUCCAUAUUUCAACGUAGUUACCCCUAAUAAGAUAUCUGAAUCUAAAACUAUACAGAUCGAUCCUAAGAAAGCUGUCAUACGGGAUCUAAAUAGUCCAAGAGAAGAGCCUAAAGAGGAAAAAACUAAGCUAAAACAAUCAAAUUCAGCAGCCAGUUUACUAAACGGUCCUAUGACAGAUGUUCCGUACGCGGACAGUGAUAAUGCGUCGUCAAGUUCCGGCAGCAACGGACAGAAUCAGAUAAAUAACCAGAAGAAUAAGAAUUACUCUGACGUCAUCGUUGGUGAGAGAAAGAUUAUUAAACAGGGUAGUAAUGGGGUCGCCGAGUCUGAGAUUAGUUGUUAAAGUGUCGGGGCGUGGAGAAGCGAGGCUGAAGGUUUUACAGUGAUUACUUAGGGUGCUUGUUAUAUGAUUUUUAUAUAGCAGUGGUUCAGCAGACAAUGAAAUUGUUGACAAUUUUACAUUGUUUAUCAUCUAAUCGCAAACAAACUGUAACAUACCAAGCAAAACAAUUUAGAUUUGACUAAAAAAGCCUUUUAAUUGGCCGUAGGCCGUGGCCGACGUUCAAAAAACUACUGAGAAUAUUGAAUAAGUUGACUAAUGCUAUGCCGUAUGCUAACUAGCUUACGGAGAUGUGGUGGCAAUCUGAACAGAGAAGACCAUGGAGUCGUUAUAUAAAAACUUUUUAUGAUUGAUUUGAUAAUGAUGAUUGAUUGAAUAAAUUCAAAUUUUAUACGAAAUUACUUAUAAAAUCAAAUACUAGGUAUGUCGGAAAUGUUAUGUCUAAUGUGUUAAAUGUUAUGUAUAAUGGGUAGGUCUCCUAUUUAACUAACUUAAUCGAAAUACUCUCUAAUCAUAUACAACCUUUAUUACUGACCAAAAACUUCAUAAGUUUUAGUUUAAUAUAAUGCGAUGUUGUCAAAUUAAACAACUGUUUUUUUGUUAUUAUACGUUGUUCUGCCUUAAAUUUUGAACAAAUUCUGAGAACUGAGAUGUAAUAUGAAAUUUAAUUAAAUACUAACAUUCCUUAAACUUUAACACUACUUGAAUAAGAAGUGUACAUUUUAAAUCAAUCAUUUCAUAGUUAUUCAUUUAAUCAUAAAAUAUACCCAGGCGACUCCAUUGCCCUCUCUGUCCAUUAUGCCACAACCUGUCCGUACGCUACUAAUAACUUCCACUCACUAAUAACUGGAUGGCUUUAAAGCAGAACGAGACAAACUCCCUGCUUAUGUGGGUAAUUUAUGCCAAUAAUUUUUCCACUGAAAAAUAUAAAAAUAGGAUCAACCGUUUCAUUGCCGCCACAGUCUCUCAACGCAAAAUAAUUUCUUCGAUCGAUAACCUAAACUUAGUUUCGAAAACUUGUACAAUAAGUAAAAUGCACAAUAGUGUACAACUACUACUAUUUGCUAAUGACUUUUGGUUGACAAUAAUUUAUUUCUGGCAGAUGCAAAAAGUUGACUGAAAUCAAUGUGUGAUAAUCAACUUCAGUGUCGCUUCUACAUGCGUCUUGUAGUGGAAUUAUACGCCAUUGGUUGUGUGGAGUGAUGCGGCGUUGCCGUGACAGACUUUAAAAAAGCUUUAGACUUAAAAAACUAUAGAUAAAAAAUUAAAUAAGGCAUUAUAAGUUGUAAAUAUAAAAACUUUUACAUCUAAAUUAAGAGUAAUAUAGUUGGAGAUUAAGAAUUAUUUCUAAAAUGUAUUUUUGUCGAUGUGUACAAAUUUGUUUUGUAAUAAAUGUAUUUCUUUGACAAUUUUAAUGGCUUCCUGGAUCGCUUAUAGAUGAAUAGUUUAUUGUUGCUCAAGUUGCUCAAUAUUUUGCCGGUUGUAGGCCAAAUAAAAUAUAAAAUGUUAGGUUUUCUACGUAGGUAGCUAUCCAAGAUAUGUUAAAAUGGAAUUUUAUACAGAAAAAUUGUUUUUUACAUAGUUGUUGCUUGGUAGCAAUUUUUUCUAUGAGAAUUGUAAAAUGUAUUUCUAUAUAUUUGUAUAUGUUGAGUUAAAAGCUUUCGCAGUUAUUUGCUUGUCCAAUGAAGCAGUAUUUUUUACCAAUUGCUGUUUUUACCUAUUUACGUCCUAAACAGCAUUAGAUAUUGAUCGUGUCAUUCACGAAGACGCGCCUUGAAUAGUACUGUCAUGUUAUUAAAGGUUAGAUGUGACAAAUGUGCGCGUCAAGGUGGAUGACACGAACUAUACAUUUACGUCACUCUAUUUGACUAUAAUUUUGACUUGCAUUAAACCCAGCUACAGGACUACCCUUUAACUGAGGCGGUAAGGGGCGACCAUCCAUUACGAGCUUUUGGGCAAAAAAUUUGAGUGAAUCAGAUCAAAAAAUUCACAGAAACUCCUCACGUAAUUAAUGCACGUGGUCACCAACAGAGAGGUUGAAGGAUUGGCUGCAUCAAGCUGAUUUGUAUGAUGUUAUGUAAGUAAAUAUGUAAUGUAUUGUAAACUUCUAGUACUCUCAAGACUCAGCUAUCUUCUUAGAUUCUUCUAGAAAAUCAUCGCCCAACAUCUUUACCGCCUGAGAUAAGUGGUAGACAUUGGCAUAUAUCUAAGGACGGGCCUUAAAGGCACUGAGAAUGGUGCUAGUUCAGCGGUGUCACUCACGAAUUCGAAUCAAUCGUGCAGCCUAACGCAACUAGUUGCGAACAAUCGCACGCGUGAUGAGAACUCAUCAACCCAUCGCGUUAUGGCACUGUACAUUGGCUCGAAUUCGCGUGCGCGAUACCGCUGUACUGGCCCCAUUCUUAUUGCCUGAAUGGUUGCUAGACCAGCUAAUAUGAAUAUAGUCAUAGCAGGUCUACCUAAAGCACUUGAGAUUAUCUUGUGAACAAAUACAUUGUUUUUAAAACCCAGUUUUUGUCUCAUGUAGUCUAUUUUCCGAAAUAAAUGUAACUUCUUUAAUUUGUAUCUUUUAUUUUCCGCGGAAUCGUGAGAAAUAGUGUUGAUAAAGGUGUACUAUCUUGUAGUUAAAUAAUCUAGAACGGCGGAAAUGUGGAAAAUAAAUUGAAAGGUAACUAAAAGAUAAUAAACGCGUACACUAAUAGGAAAUAAACGAUUACUCAUUCUCAUUGUUUCACAAGGUAAUCUUUCAAUUGCUAAUCGUUUAGCUUAAAUAGUUUCAACUAUACGAUUAAUCUUAUUUCUUUUCUCCUGGUCGAAUAAGACGUAAAGCUGAAAUUUGCGUGAUCCUAUAUUAUCUAAAUAUGGAAGGUAGAGGUAAGGAAUGAAAUCUCCAUAGGCAGAACUGUUGCAAAAGUGUCCAGCUGUCAGCUAUAAAUACUUCCAAAACUCUCCAGAGUAGCUAAGAACCUAGACGUUAUUGACGGAUUGAAGUGCGCUAUGAUUUGUUUUUUUUUUUAAUACUUUAGGUAUUGUAGCGCCACCUAUUUAAGGUUUUUUGAAGAACACUUUUUGGUACAUGGAGAUUUCAUUCCUUACCUCUACCAUCCAUAUAUCUACAAAUGUUUUAAUAGUUACGUUAUUAAAAUUAUCUCUUAAUAUGUUUCGCAGAAACGUAAAACAUAUUUCGGAAAUCGAACGCACAUUGCACAUAAUAAUAUAAUAGGUAGAAUAUUUUGAAAUAUAAUUAAGGUAAAUGAAAUAUUUCUAUUAUCAGUUUAUUCACGUAGAUUCGCGAUUUUUUUCAGACCUUGCUAAAUAGUAGACUAGUUAUGAAUAAAGGAACGAAAAUAUUAAAAUUGAUUGAAAAUGUAAUAUAUGAAUGUUGACUGGAAAUGGAAACAUAAGGUUACCUAUUAAAUAAAAUGUUUUUUAUUUCAUUCACACUCUUAAUUUGAAGGAAAACCAAGCAGAGAGUGUGCAUUUGGAUUACCUAAAAGUAAACAUAUUAAAUUAUGAAACUGUAUGCUCCAUUAAAUACAGUAAUUAAAAUAAAAUAAAAGUUAUAAUAAAACAGAACUUAUUUUCACUUUUCUACGAAAUGAAAACCUUCAAUUUAAUUUAAUUGACCGAUCUUCUUAAUCAUUUUGUUCAGGAUAAUAAAAGUGAAAAAAAAAAUAUAUUCAAAACAAGCUAUUCUUUCAUUUUAAAUACUUUUUUGUUUACUUUUCUAUCUCAUGACUCAAAAAUAAGAGUAAUAUUAACAAAGCUCAUUUUUUGGUUUUAUAAUUUUAAAACUUUUGUUCCCUUUGACUUAAAGACCCCCAAAAUAAAAAUUUGAAGGAAUGUUAACACGGCCAACCACCAUUAUAAUUCUAGAACAAUUAGUAUAAAUGUAGUAAUGCUUAAAAUGUUUGUAAAUAAUAUAAAAAGUAGACAUUUAUUACAUAAAUUCCGACCUUAUAUAUUCAGAUAAUUAUAAAAUACCGUUAUAAUUAAUGUAGAUAUAGAAUGCCGUAUAUGUUUUUGUUGUUACAAUUUUAAUUCCGUUGAGAAUGGGUGUAUGCUAUCUAUAUAUAAUAUAUACAAAUAUAUUUAAAAAAAACACCCGGUAUGUUAGAAAUAGGUCACAUGACAAAAAAUGAAUGUUGUUUCAUUAGAAAACAAAACAAUAUAGGAUUAUAUCUAUUUAUAUGGAAUAUAAAAGUGUGUAAAAUUUAAGAGGAUGCUUUAAUUAAAAUAAGAAUAGAGUAAGAUAUAGCAAAAAUUGAUUUAUUAUAGUUAUUUUUAAUCAGAGUAGUGCCAAUUUUGAUAGUUUACUGCCUUUCAUUUUGCAUUUAGGAUAUUCUGUUGGUAUUAUUGAGGCAUGAAAUGACAGGGUAUCAUGGUUCGAUUCGUUCUCUUUAACUUAAGUUUCUCAUUCUCUGUCGAGGAUCUUGGUCCUUUCUCCCUAAAGCCUCAUAAGGUAACGGUGUUGUUUUGAGCCGUUCCUGAACGAAUUUUGUGCAAGUGUUUGUUAAGGCAAUGUUCCCUGAAUACAUUUUGAAACAACGACCGUCGCGACAGUAUCGGUUGCGAUAUUUGUUCCAGUUAGACUCCUAUUUUAUAUUUCUUCAUAGAUUUAAGUAAUUAUGGUUCUAAAAACUAUGGAGUCGAAAUUGUAAAAAGUCCAGAAAUACUUCAGGGAGCAUGUUAAUAUGGGAAUAUUUGUAAAGGCCUCGGGCUUAACGUAACAUAGUUUCGAUGGUUUUUGACAUGAGUACGAAUGGAAAUUAAUGUAUUAUAAGUUUUCAUAUGAAAACGUAUAUCCAUACGUGAUUAGUGAAAUAAGUUUCUUCGGAGAAACUUUCACUAAUAAUAAAAACAGUUUUGUUUGACGAAUAACGUUUUACUGUCACUUCUGUAACGUUGCUCAAUUUAGAAUUAUUCUUUUUGAAUUAGAUAAACUUUCUAAAGAUUUUAUUUUAACAAAAAAGUUAAAAUGUGGUUGUGAAGUAUUUGUAGUGACGGAAAACACCCUAAUAAGUUCCUUCGACUUGAAGCGAGUGACUCUGAAAUGUUAUUCUUCCACAUCAUUUCUUUUGAACAAAAUGACAGUAGCUUGCGUCAUUUCUCGUGAACGAAAUGAUAGUGUUUAUACUGUUUUGAACAACGAAGUUGCCAAUUGUCCUGAGCAUAUUUUAACGUAUUAUUUUUGAGACAGAAUGUCCACUUGUUGGGAACGCGAUGAUCGUUUUUUAAGAUAUAUAAGUACGCUAAAUAGAAAGCACUUAUGUCUACUUGUGAAAAUAUGGAUGACACAAUGAAUACAAGUUGCAUGUAAAUUUAUAAAAUACAAAACAAAAGUGUAAUUGAUAUUCAAAGAUGAAAUCAUUAAUAAUAAAUGUA